UCGCAAUGAAACUAUUGCAAUACCAAAGACUGAUACAUUUAUCGAACGAAUUACGGCUCUUGAUUUUACAGUACCUUUUGGAAUAAAUAGCUAUCAUUUAUAUAUUCGUCGUGAAGUGAUACACGACAAUGAAUGGAUGAUAAAAGUUUUUUCUUGGCAAAUAUGGGGCAUUAUAUUUAUAAUGUAUAUACUAAUAAGCAUAUGCACCUUUUUAACGCAGAAUAUUCUUGUAUGGUAUAAAGAUAAUUACCAAAACACUCCUUUCAAUGAACAUUUAUUUUAUAACUUCGGAAAUCUCUGUAAUCAAGGCUACAUUCCCGAAUUCCUAAAUAGAAGAUCAAGGAUAUUAGAAGUAACACUAGGCUUUUUUUGUUCUUUAAUAUAUAUAGCAUUUGGUGCUGUAUUAUUUAUUUAUAUAACGAAGAAUAUUUAUAUACCACCAUUCCAUAGUUUCACUUCUUUAAUAGCUAAUACUAAAUACAGCGUUGUCAGUCUGAAAGGUUCUACUGGAGCUAUGACGUUUAAGGCACACUCUGAUUUGCGGAUUGUACGAGCAAGAAAGGCAAAACGUUUGAUCAUAAUAUCAACUACUGAAAAAAUGGAAAAAUUUGCAUGUUUCUCGCAAAAAAAGAAAUAUGCUAUAUAUCAAGGUGAAGAUGAGUACAAAAUGAGAGAACAUGCUAUGUGUCAUUUAAUUCCGACUGGAAAACCCUUGAUAAAAAUAUGGGUAGCUUCUGGCAUCGUAAAAAAUUUUAAGUACAAAAGGACUGUGGAUCUUGGGAUCCUCAAGUUAAAGGAAGUUGGACUAUUGAAUGGGUUAAAGAAUCGUUGGUUGGGACAAAAAAUUAAACAGAAUUAUAAUGACGAGAUACCGCAACCAAUUGAGAUAUAUCAAGUUUCUUUAGUAAUUGCAGUGUUGUGCUGUGGGAUGAUAAUUGCUUUUAUUAUCUUCAUAAUUGAGAAAAUCGUGUUUGCUUAUAAAUUCAAGCAAUUGUAAUUCUUUUCACUUACAUCAUUUUUGAAUAUGUAUAAUAUAAAAGAUUUACUUGCAAGCAGGAA